AUGACGGCUUUCGCCCUUUACCUAGCUUUCCGAACGGCUCUGCUGAAAGCGAACGUGAAGUUUCCGAGCGACAGAGCCCUAGAGAAAAACUUCCCGAUCACAAUUUCGCAAGCCUUGGCCGGAGCCCUGCGUUUCGAAACGAUUUCAUACGAUCAGUCAUCUAGCAAGAACUUCAAUCAGACAGCAUUCACCGGGCUUAAAAAAUUCAUUUUCAAACAGUACCCGAAAAUCUUCAGGAAGCCACCAGAAUGGAUAUUACAUAGGAUGAUCGCCGAACACAGUAUUCUUCUCCAUGUUUACGGUCAGGAUCUUAAGCUGAAACCAUACAUGCUCAGUGCGCAUUUGGACGUUGUUCCCGUGGACGAGAAGCUCUGGAGUCAUCCGCCAUUCGCUGGCUACACGGAUGACCUCCAUGUUUGGGGUCGCGGGGCUCUCGACGACAAGCACCGAGUCAUGGCCAUACUGGAGGCCUUAAACCUCCGCAUCGAGCGCAAACAUCGUCCAAUGAGGAGCUUCUUCAUCGCUUUCGGUCAUGAUCAGGAAGUUCACGGACUGGCGGGAGCUAAAACCAUAGCGAAAUAUUUGAACACUAUAAAGUCAAAAGUGGAAUUCAUACUGGAUGAGGGACCUCCCAUCCUCAAGGAUGCUAUACCAGGAGUUGAAGAACCUGUAGCCCUAAUCGGUGUUGCGGAGAAAGGAUACCUGACCGUCAAAGUCAAGUGCGUGGACGAAGCUCGACACGCUUCGAUCCCCUCGCACGAAACUGCCAUCACCACCCUAUCCCGAGCUCUCUCCCGGUUCACGAGUACUGCUCAUGCCGCGCAAAUGACCAAACUCUUGGAAGCUCUGGUGGAAGAGAUAGCGCCGUAUGCGAAGUUCCCCUACGAUAUCGCAUAUUCGAACAUGUGGUUAUUCAAGCCGCUGGUUUCUCGAUUUUUUUCGAGUAGUGACGUCGUCUCCGCACAAAUGAGAACGACAUCAGCCGUCACCGUGAUACACGGAGGCUCUAAAGAGAACGUCAUCCCGAACAAGGCUGAAGCUCUGGUCAAUCAUCAGAUACUACCGGGAUACACCAUCAGAGACGUCCUCGCAGCUGACCGGGAACUGAUCAAGGAUAUUCCUAACGUUUCCGUUGACAUCUACAAAAUGGAUUCUAAGCCGACGCGUGCCUCUCCAUUCGGGAAGGACGCCUUCGGGUACAAUCAGAUCAAGAGAGCGGUCAAAAAGAUUUUUCCCGAAGCCAUAGUCGCUCCCAGUCUCAUGGUGGCCAACACCGAUACGAAGCAUUACUUACAAGCGAAUCUCACUGAAAAUGUCUACCGUUUCUCUCCGGUACUGCUCAGCCUCGCUGAUAUCUCGAGCAUCCAUGGAAACGAUGAAAAGAUCUCGAAGAUCAACUUCCGGAGGCUGGCUGACUUCUACUUGCAACUUCUGUAUAACUGCGACGAAAGUAUACCGAGAGAACUGAAGCAUUAUCGAUCGGAUUUGUAG